AGCGAGCCGAAACCGACCAGCUAAGCAAAUCAGAUCCUUCCACAAGACGUUUCAAGAAUCUCCGUAGCUUGAGACUCGCGUUCGUCAUGUCCGUGGCACUUGUGCACCUGUUGCUCGUGUCAAGCUUUGAAGCUUUAAAUGCAGAGCUCCCCAUAAAAGCCAAAGAAUGCUUCUGCCUGACUCAGCCAUAAAUACUAUUUUGGGGUCCAAAAACGCGAUCACUAUCUAGAUGCUUAAACCAGCCUCUAGGCUGCAACAAUAACUCCAAGCUUAAAUAGUUUUAUCAUUGCUGAAUCGGCAUUGAGAAGAUGGGAAGAAACGCACCAUUAAGAGCACCGAGUGUCAGAACUGCCGGACUGAACAACAUGGCGCCGAUGUCGACGGAACUUGAAGAUCGAUCGCUGCCACCAUAUCAGAUGACCCCAGUGAGUCCGAAUCGCACAUCAGGCAUGGAAAGUCAUCAUUCAGGUGCUCUCGCGCCGACGACGACAGAACAAUACUCGGCACCAACAGCGCCGGUCAUUGCACCAGACCCAGUGCCUAACGCAACGAGUGAAUGGCCCACUGUCAAAGCACCAGACGGGCAUAUUUAUUACCAGGCACCAACGCCGCUGGGCGAUCUGGGCCACAUACCGGCACUGGUGGACUGUCCUUACUGUGGGAAACGUGGCCAGACGGCGACGUCGUUGUCUGCUGGGAACAUGAAUCACGCUUUCGCUUGUUGCGCUUUCUUUCCCUUUGUCAUCUUCACGUUUAUCCCCUAUAUGAUUAGUGGGUUGAAGAAUGUAGUGCAUCGCUGUCAGGGCUGUGGGAAGCGGCUGGCUGUCUGGCAUCGGACCGGGCAUACGCAGGUCAAGUAGGGGUGGGGUUUCCAUCGUUGGAUGUGGGUGGUU